GCUCACCAUCAGACGACGGGAGCCACCGGCGCCGAGCACACGCGUUUUCUCGCCUGACGCAGACCUUCAGAAGCGGUGAAACGCUACCUUUAGGAGCGCUGUUUUAGUGACACGGCAUGGGGGACCGAGUAGCUUUACUACUGCUGGUUGUAGCCGCUUCGGCUCUGGCUGUCGAGGUGCCUACGGAUGUAGAUGUUUCCAUGGGCCUGUUGGCAGAGCCCCAGGUGGCCAUGUUUUGCGGUAAACUCAACAUGCACAUCAACGUUCAGAGUGGCAAGUGGGAGCCGGACCCCUCGGGCACGAAGAGCUGCAUCGGUACCAAGGAGGGCAUCCUGCAAUACUGCCAGGAGGUGUACCCUGAGCUCCAGAUUACCAAUGUGGUGGAGGCCAACCAGCCAAUCAGCAUCCAGAACUGGUGUAAGAAAGGGCGAAAGCAGUGUCGCAGUCACAUGCACAUCGUGGUGCCCUACCGCUGCCUAGUGGGAGAAUUUGUGAGCGACGCCCUGCUUGUUCCUGAUAAGUGCAAGUUCCUGCACCAGGAGCGCAUGGAUCAGUGUGAGAGCCACCUGCACUGGCACACUGUAGCCAAAGAGUCCUGUGGAGACCGCACCAUGAACCUCCACGACUACGGGAUGCUGCUGCCGUGCGGCAUCGACCGCUUCCGAGGAGUGGAGUUUGUGUGCUGCCCCGCUGAGGCGGAGCGUGACGCCGAUAGUGCCGAGCAGGAUGCUGAUGAUUCUGAUGUCUGGUGGGGCGGAGCGGAGACUGACUACUCUGACAACAGUAUGGUGCGUGAGCCAGAGCCAGUGGAGCAGCAAGAGGAAACCAAGCCAUCUGUGGUAGAGGAGGAUGAGGACGAGGAGGAAGAGGUGGCCCAGGAAGAUGACGAGGAAGAGGAGGAGGAGGAGGAGGAGGCGGAAGAAGAGGACGUGCUUGACAACGACCAGGACGGAGAUGGUGAGGAAGACGAAGAACUGGUGGGUGACGAGGACGAAGAGGAAGAUGACGAUGACGACGAUGACAUCCUCGACUCACUCAUCGACGGCGAGCCAACUACCAAUGUUGCCAUGACUACAACCACCACGACCACCACCACAGAGUCUGUGGAGGAAGUUGUGAGGGAUGUGUGCUGGGCCAGUGCAGAGACAGGUCCAUGCCGGGCAAUGCUGCCCCGCUGGUACUUUGACCGUGAGGAGGGCCACUGUGUUCAGUUUAUCUACGGCGGCUGUGGAGGCAACAGGAAUAACUUUGAGUCAGAGGCGUACUGCCUGUCUGUCUGCAGCAGCGUCAUUGAUGCAGUUCCCACAGCAACGCCCAGCUCCCCCGAUGCAGUGGACCACUACCUGGAGACGCCCGCUGAUGAAAACGAGCACGCACACUUCCAGAAGGCCAAAGAGAGCCUGGAGGCCAAACACCGUGAGAGAAUGUCCCAGGUGAUGAGGGAGUGGGAGGAAGCUGAGCGGGAAGCCAAGACUCUUCCACGUGCCGAAAAGAAGGCUGUCAUUCAGCGUUUCCAAGAGAAAGUAGAAGCACUGGAGCAGGAGGCAGCCAGCGAGCGCCAGCAGCUGGUGGAGACUCACAUGGCCCGGGUGGAGGCACUGCUCAACGACCGCCGCCGCCUGGCUCUGGAGAGCUACCUGACUGCAUUGCAGCAGGAUCCACCCAGGCCCCGUCAUGUUUUCAGCCUGUUGAAGAAGUACGUGCGCGCUGAGCAGAAGGACAGGCAGCACACCCUCAAACACUUCGAACACGUCCGCAUGGUGGAUCCCAAGAAGGCAGCCCAGAUUAGACCUCAGGUGCUGACUCACCUGCGUGUUAUUGAAGAGCGCAUGAACCAGUCUCUCGGACUUCUUUACAAAGUGCCCGGUGUGGCUGAUGACAUCCAGGACCAAGUCGAGCUCCUGCAGAGGGAGCAGGCGGAGAUGGCUCAGCAGCUGGCUAACCUGCAGACAGACGUGAGGGUGAGCUACGGAAACGAUGCCCUGAUGCCCGACCAGGAGCUGGGAGACGGCCAGACUGACCUGCUGCCACAGGAGGACACCCUGGGCCUGGCUGGAGUCGGCUUCAUCCACCCCGAGAGCUUCAACCAGCCCAAUACAGACAACCAGGUUGAGCCAGUAGAUUCUCGCCCCAGUCUCGACAGAGGCGUUCCCACACGGCCAGUGACUGGAAUGAAGAUGGAAGCUCUUCCUGAGCUGCGGAUGGAGACGGAGGACAGACAGAGCACCGAGUAUGAAGUUCACCACCAGAAACUGGUCUUCUUCGCAGAGGAUGUGGGCUCCAACAAGGGCGCCAUCAUCGGCCUGAUGGUCGGCGGUGUCGUCAUAGCAACCGUGAUCGUCAUCACCUUGGUGAUGCUGAGAAAGAAGCAGUACACCUCCAUCCACCACGGAGUCAUCGAGGUGGAUGCUGCCGUCACCCCUGAGGAGCGCCACCUGUCAAAGAUGCAGCAGAAUGGUUACGAGAACCCAACCUACAAGUUCUUUGAGCAGAUGCAGAACUGAGGGGAAUGUCACAUGUAGACAUAUAUAUAUACACACACACACACACACAAAAAAACAAAUGCACACAAACCAUCUCAUCCCACACGUCAUCCCCCCCCCCAACCCUCCCCUCAACCAAAAGACGGAUCUUUGAGUGACUGAAAUAGUCGGUUACGAGCACACAGAGCGACUGUAGCCGGGGUUUCUUUCUUUUUAUUUCUUCUUCUUUUUCUUCUGUUUUUUUUUUUUUUUUUUUGCCUGGGCGGACACUGCGGCCAAGCCACUUUGCACCAAGUUUGUUCACUUUACUGGAGCACGACGCCUUUUUAAUUAAAGGAAGGAGUUUUUAUACGUUGCUCCGUCUGGGCCUGCUGUUGUACGGGGAGGGGGGUAGGAAAAAAGGCCCCGCACAGUGCAUGGGAACAAACCCUCUCUCUGGGGAAAGAUGAGCACGCUCUCUCUCAACACUGAUUCAGGGCCAGUGUAUAGUUGGGUUUAUUGUUUAUUUUUAGGCUUGGGUCAGUUUUAGGCGUGGACUCGUGCAGGCAGAUCUGACCGCUGAUCAGUGGGGGUGUUCGGACGCAUGCUGGCCUGGGCCUCGUUUCCAAAACUUGGUUGCAUGCAGAAUCAUCAGAAUCGAGCGGUUUUCACUGAAUCAUUUGUUUGCAUCUUUUGUAAUUAUAUGAUUUUAAAAUAUAGCAACGUGAUUAUUUUUAAGAGGCCCAGUGUUUCCCCCACCUACUGCACCACUACUGCACACGCUCUAGUCUACACUGGAGUAUAAGCGAGCCUCCUCCUCCCUCCCCUUCUUCUUCUAUCCCUCCCGUCCUCCCUCCAUCCUCUUUAUUAUUUUUUUUUUCCCGCAUUCAUACAACAGCUGGGCUGUGUUAAGUCACACAAGGCUCUUAAGGAUAUCUGAAGAUGUUGAUGAUUAUGACGACAAUAGUAAUCACGUGUUCUGAAUGAGCUGUUUUAAUUUUAGAGGUUUUUUUUUUUCUCUCUCUAUCGUUUUUUCCAGUUUUGUUUUUCAAAAAAGAUCAAAAAACAGAGAAAAAAAAAAUGUAAAGUCCUUUUUUUAAAUUACGUGUAAUGUUACAGAAGUAAUGCUGAAGUCUUAGCUGUUCCUAUGUAGUGCAUGACAACAAUGACAACAGGAUUCGGAAGUUUAAAAAAAAAAAACAACAAAAAAAAAAGAACCCACACACACGGAGAUCUUAACGCUGCUCUCUCGAGAUCCUUUCUCACAUAUAGAUUGUCAUUCUAGCAAGAUUGUACAUUUAGUAUGUUCUCGUGAUCACGUGACUUUAAAACAAUGAUGAAAAAUAUAUAUAAGUCUAGAUGAACGGGCUCUGCUUUGAUUAUCAUGUAAAAAAAAAAACAUUUAAAAGAGAUCUGGGUUGUUUUUUUGUUUUGUUUUUUUCUUUUGGAGUUUAAGUGUGAUCCUCAUAUAUAUAUUUUUUAAAUCCUGCUACUUUCCAGAAGCUGCAGGAGAGGGAGCCGGCUUCAUCUCUGUCUGUAUAUUAUUCUUGUUCACUGAAAUAUAUUGUGUUUAAAUCCUUCAGAAAUCACUCCUUUCUGUUUUAUUGAUCAUUUCAUAACUUUUUUUUUUUUUUUUUUGUUAAAAGGGCAUGUUUGUGUGUGUGUGUGUGUGUGUGUGUGUGUGUGUGUGUUGGGGGAAGGGGACUGAAAGCUGGGAAGGAGCUGCGAGGAGCCUGAUACUGGGUUGAGAUCAUCUCGGCGUGAACGUGUUGACAUUCUCAGUCUGGUGGUUCAUCCAGUUGCAAGCCGACACGUCUCUUUUGUUUGGCUUGCUUAUUGUUUUUUGUUCUGCUGAUAGGACAGGUGGAGUUCUGAGAGGAGGGGGAGGGUGAGGUAGAGCGGAAAUGACUUGCAGUUCUGGAUGGAUAGCCAGGCUCUGUGUGUGUGUGUGUGUGUGUGUGUGUGUGUGUGUGUGUGUGUGAUGGAUUUCCACCCCCCCACCCCCACCUCGGCACCUCCCUCCUCUUUGGACUUCCUUUUCCUUCAGGCAUGCUUCUCACCUCUCUGCCAUCAUCUCACACUUGACUCCUCAAAGGCAGAGUGUUCAUAGGUGAUGAUAGGCGUUUACCAUCAAGAGCUGACAGCGAGUCGGGAAGCAGGCGACGUGAAAAGCGGCGAUCCAAUAUUAGUCGGAGGUAAAUCGUCAAGUCAGCUCGCGUUGAAGGGUUGUCACCAUGCUAAGACUGUAUGGAAAGAAAUUUAGUGUGGCCUGUCACUGAGAUCAGUGAGGCAGUGGUGAGCGAAAUGUACAUAUGAAGGCUGCAGUGGGGUGAGUGUGUGCUUUUCAGAGGGUGCUCAUUAGAAGCCCAACAGAGGGCAGUAGAGUAGAAGAGGAAGCAGGAUUAUCUUUCUUUUUUUCUUUUUUUUCUUCUGUGGGUUAUAUAUUGAUUUUUGUUUUCCACUGUGUAAUAUUGUGCAGGCCAUUUGCAUUGACUGGGAAAAUGCUUUCUACACUGUAUUCCAUAAUAAAGUUUUGAAUGUACAUACAA